AUGCACGCGCUGCAUCACAGGCAGCACCAUAUCCCUGAGGCAAUCCCUGGCGUCCGGGCACUUGCUCAUGAUGUGCGCCUCGAGCGGCACCAGAGGUGCCUGCUGCUUCCCGACAGCCGCUUCGGGCUGCGGGCGCGGGUGCGUCUUCAACGGGAUGGUUACGUCGGGCGUAGUGUGCAGUACCGCAAGCGGACGGAUGUGGACGAAGAAGAAGAAAGAGACGAUGCCCAAGGCAGCCAAGGCGACAAAGCGGGAGGGCUCGAGGGGUCGGGUAUCGCUUGA